AUGUCGGGAUUCAUGGACAAGGUCAAGGACAAGGUGAAGGAUAAGGUGGGCAAGAACAACGAUAACGACGACUCGUACGGCUCAGGCGGCCGCGACAACGACGACUCGUAUGGAAGCGGUCGCAGGGACGACUCGGACACGUACGGGAGUGGCCGUCAAACCGGUACGAGCGAUACUUUCGGAAGCUCCGGCCGCGACAACGACACCUAUGGAAGCUCCGGCCGCGACAACGAUACCUUCGGCAGCUCUGGCCGCGAUACAAGCGAUACUUUAGGAAGCUCCGGUCGCGAUACAAGCGAUACUUACGGAAGCUCUGGCCGUGAUACAAGCGAUACUUAUGGGAGCUCUGGUCGUGACAAAGACACCUACGGAAGCUCUGGCCGCGACAACGAUGCCUUUGGAAGCUCUGGACGCGAUAAUGAUACCUUCGGCAGCUCAGGCCGUACUGGUGAUGAUAAGAUUGGUUCAUCUGGACGUGGCGAUGACUCUUACGGCUCCACGGGACGUUCUGGAGCUGGGGACGACAGCUAUGGAUCCUCUGGCCGUGGUGAUGUGACAUCCUCUGGUGGCUUCGGAGGCGAUUCGACCACCUCAGGAGGAUACGGCUCGAGCCGCAGAAAUGACGACGACAGUUUCGGGGCCGGCAAGACAACUGGUGACUUCGGUCAGUCGGGCGGUGAUAGCUAUGGAGGCAGUCGCCGCACCGGAGAUGACGACUUCGGCAGUGGCAACACAGGCUCAGGCUUGGGAAGCGGAAGACAAACAGGUGGCGACAGCUACGGCCAGGGUGACUCCUACGGCAGCGGACAACGUCGUGAUGACAACUACUAG